AUGGAUUCGUCUUCAUUGCAUUCGGACUCUAAGUGCAACUCGGAUUUUAGUAUAAAAAGGAUUUUAGGAAACGAUACUGAAAGUGUUCGUGAGGAUGUGGCAACACCAAGCUGGUUAUGUUGCACGCGAUACAGACCUCCACGAUUACCAAGAACUGUUAAUAAUACAGCGUGUCGACCGCGACGCUCCGGUCGGCACGCUCGAGUGCCGUUCACUGCAGCUCAGGCGGCAGCUUUAGAGGCCGCAUACUCUCGAGCACCGUACCUGGCUCCACCGGCUCUUCGUGCCCUCGCUGCUGCAUUACAGCUCCGCGACGACAGAAUAAAAAUUUGGUUCCAAAAUCGUCGAGCAAGAGAACGGAGGGAAAAAAGUAGUAACAUUACACCGCCUCAAGCUGUAACACUACCACCUACGUCUCCUCCGAGUUCAGCCGUUGUGUUACCAAACAGACCAUGGGUUCCCAACUUAAAUGUAUAUCCUUGUGAAACUCAAAGCACUAAAGUAGAAAAUGAACCUAUAAAUACAACAGCACGAUUACAUCAAACGACAUCUUUUGCAAUACAUUUACUUCGUUCUAACACUACUGGUAUUACAAAUUCCGAAUUUGAAUCUGAUGAAGAUCGAUGUGAUAGUCCUCUAGAUAUAGAAACUAUAGCUGAUUGA